CGAAUAGACAGAAGGCGGCGUCGCUGGCGGUCAGCAGGCGGCGAGGAGCAAGGCGGAGUUUUUUCCCUUGUGCUGUUUGAUUUGCGCGCGCAUCCUCCAGCCCGCGUCCGAUCCAGCGUGGCGAUCCAGAUCGCACGUUUCGAGGUUUCCCAUCAAUGCCGUUGCCAUGCCGCGGAGUUGUGUGUUUCGAACAAAGCAAGCAAAGCAAAGCAGAGCAAAGAACUCUAGCAGUGGUGGCAGCGCGCCACUUGUUGGCCGGCCUGACGAAAAAACGCCACGCGCGCGCCCCGCCCCGCCGCCGCCUGCCUGCCUGCCACUGCCAGUGCCCGCCGUGUUUCGUUUCACCUUCCCACGCUCCCUUCCCUUCCCAUUCCUGCAUCCUGACACGCGCUGCCCACCUAGCCUCCGUCGCUCUUGGUUCGUCGCUCUUCCAUGGGUGCGUGGGCUUGCGCAAUCCGCGUGCGUGCGUGCGUCCACGAGGCCCUCCGCGCCUCCCCUCCCCCCUCCCUCGCCACUCCUCCCCGCCCGCCCGCGCCAGGCACCCACCGCCGUUGCGAAGGCAGAAACGUGGGCCUUGCGCCAGGCCAGACUUGCCCUUUUGUUUUUUGCUCCUGUUCCUUUUGCUUUUUGCUUUCGCUUUCGCAAUUCGGCCCUCUCAGCCUCCUUGGGCCCGGUCGAGACCGUCUUCCGCCUUAGGUCCACUGUUUUCGUCCAUCAUCCUACCGUGCCUGACUACCUACGAGUACCAGCAACCACGCCCCUUCUAGAAUCUGGACGCCAGCCCUGUCCGAUCUGGAAUGCUUGAAUGGAUGACUCAGGACCGACUUUCUGCUGGGCUGGG